AUGUUAGUCGUUUUGUCAGUUGUAUUGGCUACGUACGGCCGACCACCUGCAAAAAUCCGCGCCCGCCGCGUAAUCCGCACGCGGGCCGGCUUCCGCAAAUCCGCGAACGGGGCGUCCAGCGCCCUCCAAAAAAGGCACGACACAAUCUCGCGUGUUAUAAGCCCGAAUAUCGUUGAGCGCGACUGUCCGGUGAGUAAGCGGCGCGGGCUUGCGGAAGCGCCCUGGCGCCGUCUCAAUCACGCCGCGACCACUACUGGCGGCCGAGUCGAACGCAUCUCGCCGCAGACUCGAUCGUAUUAUUUGAAUCGAGGUCGACUUGCUAAUUCGCUAAAACGAUUCGCCUACAAG